AUGCGUCGUUUGUUACAAGGAAGAAGACAGAAAAAAGACCUGAACGAUUUAAUUUCUUCACCUUCUUCAAUUCAAAUCUACCAUCAUGUUCAAUUCCCAUUAAAUGACCUCCUUGGUGUCCUCUACCCAUUAUUUGGAAGUUAUUAUCCAUUUGAAGAAUUUCUUCACAUGAUUUACACAGUUCAUCACAUCUUUUGUGCAUAUGAUAUAGUACAGAAUCGUUGCGUCGGUUGUGCAUUACUCAAUAAUACGGAUAAUACUAAUCGAAGCAUUUACAUUAUGCUGUUUGGUGUUCAACAAACAAAUCAAAAACAGGGCAUCGGCACUUAUUUGCUACAAACAGUAAUCCAAUGGGCGCAACAAGCUGGCUAUCAACAUAUUCACUUAGAUGUUUUUGUUGAGAACUAUAAAGCCAUUGGUUUAUAUGAAAAAGUUGGUUUUCAAAAGUAUCAGUUCUUACCAAACUAUUACAUUCAUACGUCGAAACGUCCUCCACAUGCCAUUCGAAUGGUUCUUUCACUCGUAUAA